AGCAAACGGCGGCCAUGACACUUUCUCCUCAUCAAAUCAUUGUUUACAUCAAACGGAGAGUUACAGAGGAAGUAUCUUUAAUAAGGUUGAAUGAAAUGGAUUGUAAUCUUAUUGCUACAUCUGUGAAGUUGUAAGAAGAAUGGAAAAGUGAAUUGAAAACAUUAUACAGUUCAAUCUCUGCAGUCAUCUACCUAUGAUACCCGUAGCAUUGGUUUGGUAUCGGUAACUACCGGUACAAUCAGCGGCCACUUGUCUGCAUUUUCAAUACUAUUUUUACAAUCGUAGCUAUUUUAAUGCAUACUAUCGCUUAUAUUCGUGCUUUGUUGUAUGUUGUAAGACGUCUGUGAAGUUGUGAAAUAGUGUUUACGUGAUGCAGGCUACAGUACAGUAACUUUAACAUGCUACUGUACAAUAGUUUAUUUUCGGUUCCAGUGUAUAACACAGUUUUAUCCAACAUGCAUCAGUCAUGGAUUAGUUUAUACAUGUAUUAUGUUAUCUAGUUUAAUGGCGUAGAAAUCGUGAUAUUUUCUGUUACGUACGUCUCUUGGAGGAGGGAACGCAACACCCUGCUACAACUCAACUCCCCGUGGAGUGAAAAAGGUAUGUGAUCGUAGGUGCGGGGAAGGACGGCAGGGAAAAAUACCGUUUACAGGGAAUCUAAUUCUUCCUUAAACACGUUAAGGUGGGGAAACUGGGCUGGACCGAACCAAAGCAAAGUAUAAGUCCCCUCUCCUACCUUACCUGCCUUCCCACAGCUUACCUAACCUUUAGCACCAACUGGCGGCUAACCAAAAUACAGGAGGUGAUCCGCCCAGGUCUUACCUAGUGUGCAUAGACAGAUUCAAUACUACGGGUUAUGUAUGCCCGCAGGCCUCUUGCCUAAACACUCCCAAGGUGCCUUCCCCUUCCCCUCUGGGAACAAAUGAAACAGAAUAAUUCAAACUUAGUGAACAAUUUCAAUAACCCCAAAACACUCAGUCCUAUGGCAUACACAUACCUCUGCAGGAGAGGCUACAAAAUACUUUCAACAACUUUUACAGACCAACAGCCAACACAGGACGCCAUUUAAUGAAAUACACACAAACCCACAACAACACAGAAACUGUGGAACGUAACAUUUGCCUUGCAUUUCAAUCUACACAUGAAUAUAGUUCUGCAAUGUUAGGUAGGCUAUUCAAUUCCCUUGGCAUUCUGCAAGCAUGAAUACUUUACAAUAAUGGAAGAUAUGCAUUGUGUUAAUCUUACUAUUUGUCCAUGUAUUGAAUGAUACACAGCUUUCCAUAAAUGCAGUGUGGACUUUUUACAGAUGAAACCCCUUCCAUUAUGACACUCCUUCCUGUAUCUGUCAUAAAGACCUAUGCAUUCUUUGUCCUUUAGUUACACAACUAAAUCUAGUAUCUGUCACUUACCUUUCAUGCUGUAGAUCUGCUGUCAUGGUGCUGAGAAUGCUUAGUACUGUAUCUGUCACUUAUGUAUUCUCUGUAUGUAUUAGGUAUGAACCCUUGGACAUACAGGUACCUCCAGCGCUCCCUCCUGCCUCACGUUCGGCCCCUGUCCCUGGUGAUCUACCCCAGGCCCCCUUGUAUCCACCCCAGGCUUCUGAACUUGCCCCCGUGGGGUGAAGACCAGAAGAGGGUGAUGUCCUUCCUGCCUCUCUCUCUCUCUCUCUCCCUUAAAUGCAGCUGGUGAUUCCAGAGAGCCGGCGGGCAUCUCUCAACAAGAAGCAGCAGUGGAUUGACCAGACGCUGUUUACCAGGAGCCUCCUACAGAGCUCACAGUUCAUCACUGUCCCUGGUGGGGUGAAGACCAGAAGAGGGUGAUGUCCUUCCUGUCUCCAAGGCCUGCCUCAGAGUGUGCUGGGUGGCGAACUUCAGUGUUGUUCCACAGUGCAAGGAGUUCUUCAUGCAGGGGAUAACUCCAAAUCUCCCAGGUAUUUUGGUUAAUGGGACAGUCCAGAACCUGGGCCAGAACGAGAACCGCUACAAGCCGAUCUGCCAGUUGUUCAACAACACCUACAGGUUUGCAACUCUCUACGACACGACCAACAGGAUCCCUGUGUUCUCAGCCUACACCUUCACUGGUAAUACAACGGGUCGACCAGAUGAUCCCUGGAUGAUAGAGCCCCAGCUCAAUGGGGAAAAGAACAGCCCUGAAAUGCAGAAAAUGAAAAAAGUCCCGUACAAAAACCAGGCUGAUAACAACGACUAUGGUCAUGGCCAAGACGAAAUAGAUUAUAAAGGGGUGAACAGAGGUCAUCUCUUCCCAAGUUCACAUGCUCAUGACUUGGAUACUCAGAAGUCCACCUUUACCCUGACCAACAUCGUUCCCCAGGUGGUGUCCAUCAACAAUGGCAGCUGGAGAGAAAUGGAGGAAAAUGUCAGAGAAAAGCUGAUGACGGACUGUUUUCGUGACAACAGGAAGAUAAAGGCCUAUGUGGUGACUGGAGCGGUGCCCAGUAAGAAGAACAAACUGAACAACCGAGUGAACAUCCCAAAGUUCCUGUGGACAGCCUACUGCUGUUUGGACAAGAACAAGAUUGACAACAAGACGAACAAGAAGAAAGAUGAGUGGAAGAAGAAGAGUGAGUGGAUGGCCAAAGCACACUGGGGGUGGAACAACAAGGUACAGAAGAAGACAUUGGAUCAACUAACCUUGGGAGCACUCGAAGAGAAGUUGAACGAACAUCACACAGGUCCUGUCAAGGUGUUCCCAAAAGAUUGUCCAAGAUACUAAACCUACCACUUCCCCCUAACCCAGUUGGAAGAAUUCCUUCCGUAGUGAGGAAUCUUUACAAUUCCAUGAGAAAUAGUUCUGGAAGGAUCUUUGGAUGAUCUGGGUACAGAUGCUCACACCAUAUCAACAAACUAUCAUUACUGUUAGACUAAUGAUUAUCAGGGUUAAAUUGGUAAUGAGGGUUGUAAUGGUAAUGAGGGUCUAUAUACCUAUAGUCUCUACUCUUCUCUUCCCUUCUCUUCUAUGUCUAUAUAUCUAUAGUCUAUACUCUUCUCUCCCCUCUCUGUCCAUCUCUUCUAUGUCUAUAUAUAUCUAUAUUCUAUACUCUUCUCUCCCCUCUCUACCCAUCUCUUCUAUGUCUAUAUAUAUCUAUAUUCUAUACACUUCUCUUCCCUCUCUGUCCAUCUCUUCUAUGUCUAUAUAUAUCUAUAUUCUAUACUCUUCUCUUCCCUCUCUGUCCAUCUCUUCUAUGUCUAUAUAUAUCUAUAGUCUCUUCUCUUCCCUCUCUGUCCAUCUCUUCUCUGUUUAUAUCAAAUAUAAAAAGUAUGUAAGGGGACAGAAUUCUAUUUUAAUAAAUAAAAUACAGUUUAAUUCCUUGAUGAUGUGCUGCCAUUACUCUUGUUGAUGUUAAUAAUUAGGCUUCCAGCAGGGUUGAGAUCAAUUCCAGUCAGUUCUAGAAGUACACUGGAAAUCCAUUUCUCUGCAAUGCUUUUCAAUGAGGAACAUUUGGAAUUGAAAUGGAAUUAACCCCAACCCUGGCCUACAGUUUGUCAGGUUGUGACUUCCUUAUGACUGUUACCAUAGAGAUAUUAUUAUAUGUUCUGAAUGUAAUUCUAUCACUGUUACCAUAGAGAUACUAUUAUAUGUUCUGAAUGUAAUUCUAUCACUGUUACCAUAGAGAUACUAUUAUAUGUUCUGAAUGUAAUUCUAUCACUGUUACCAUAGAGAUACUAUUAUAUGUUCUGAAUGUAAUUCUAUCACUGUUACCAUGGAGAUACUAUUAUAUGUUCUGAAUGUAAUUCUAUCACUGUUACCAUAGAGAUACUAUUAUAUGUUCUGAAUGUAAUUCUAUCACUGUUACCAUAGAGAUACUAUUAUAUGUUCUGAAUGUAAUUCUAUCACUGUUACCAUAGAGAUACUAUUAUAUGUUCUGAAUGUAAUUCUAUCACUGUUACCAUAGAGACACUAUUAUAUGUUCUGAAUGUAAUUCUAUCACUGUUACCAUAGAGAUACUAUUAUAUGUUCUGAAUGUAAUUCUAUCACUGUUACCAUAGAGAUACUAUUAUAUGUUCUGAAUGUAAUUCUAUCACUGUUACCAUGGAGAUACUAUUAUAUGUUCUGAAUGUAAUUCUAUCACUGUAUGUAUCCAUCUUCUUCCCAUUUGAAGGAAUAAACAUCUAUAAUGAAUGAA